AUGGUUUGGGCCUCGACGAUCGACGUGCCGCACCUCUCGUCUGAGAACGAACCUGCCCUCCACGUCGACACCAUCCCCGCGAGUUCAGCAGCCAAGAACAGAGCUGGCUCCGUGUGUCGAAAGUGGCGGCAGGUUAUCACCAAUUCUCCAGAAUUAUGGGACACCCUGAAGACUUUCCUGAUUACCCCGAUAUCCCUCUCACAUGCAGAUGAGGACAUCUGGACCUCGAGACGCCGGUGGACGAGUGUCGAGUUCCACUACCAGCAUUUCAUCUCCCUCUGCCUGCUGGGAAUAUUCGGAGGACUUCCUAACCUCUGCGAAUUGGUGAUCACUGCGGACGAUCCGUUUCCGCGGGACCAGCCGUCGAUUGGGGGAGUCCCAGACAUCGUUAUCCAGGGUGUACCCAAGUUGACCCAUCUCAGGAUCAUCGGCGGAAUAGCGCCCUGUGUACCAGGCAGGGCCAUCCUCCGCCAGGUCCCCCACCUCCACAUCCUCGCGCCCAUCUCCUUGCAGCCUCUUCUGGAACUUCUCUUCGCCAUCUCAAUCGAUGGGAAGCUGGAGUCACUCGUCAUCGAGGAAUAUGGUGAAGGGGGCCGAAGAGGAUUCAUGUUAGAUUGUCCAGAAGGCCAAGCCCUCCCCACUGAGGGCACCCUCGACCUGAAGGACAUGACCCAUCUCUCAAUUGGAACAAUUGUCCUCGCGUUAAUGGGGCAGUCAGACGGCGAAUUUUGUCCCAAAUUGGCCUCGCUGGAGGUGGACUCAUUCACGGUCUUCGACUUGCCAGAUGGCUCUUCACAUAUCGAACAAUGCUCCAUCGAGGACAUUGCCGGUUGGCUCACGGAUCUAGCUUCAAGCGGGGUCGCCCAUCAACUUGUGCACCUGAAGCUCACCAACAUCGAGUCGUUGGAUUCUGUGCUUCCUUCGCUAUCCGUCACAAAAAAUCUGCAAACACUGGAGCUGUCCGUAUAUCAUUAUCCCAAUCCCGAUCCCGACGAAGGCGAGGCCAACGCAAAGGCGGUACAGGGCCAAAGAUUGCUGACCGGACUGAUGCAUACCGAUAGCGAUGACAAGAUCCUCCCGAACCUGACCAAGCUGACCCUUGGGUUAAGCAACCUUUGUGGCCCCGAUUCCAGCCUAAACCUCGACUUCGACGCCCUGUGUCGCAUGUGCAGGUCACGCUUGGAAGUCGAGGCAUCCAGUGGCGCAGCCAACGCGACGCUCUCCCAAGUUCGUAUUGUCGACCCAACAAUACCUUCGGAUGACUCUCGAAGAUCCCUCAACGAAUUGAAGAAGUUCGCAAAGGACAGAGGACACAGAGACUUCCAUAUCUGGUUCGAGGGUGUUACACUAACCGACUGGGAGAAAACGACCGCGUACACCCUACCCGGGUGGUUUUCGUGGCCAUCCCUGGAAUAG